UAAAGUGACAUCAUCUAAUUUGAGAAAAAAAAAAACUCAAAAUUAGGUUAUUUUAUUUUCGGUAAAUUAAAAUUUUUUUAAAAAUAUUAUUUGAAGAAAUUUUUGCAUAUUAAAAACAAAUUGUUGUUUUAUAAAAGUGACAAAAAAUAAAGAAAGAUCAAAUUAAGUUUUAAGUUAAAAAAAUUCCUAAUUUAAUUUGAAGAGUUCAGUUUCAAAUGAAUGUGUGUGCACUGAGUAUCAACUAUCAAUAUUAAGUCGGCCAUUUAAUGUUUUGAGUGACACGAGUUUGGACGGGCGUAAUUCAAAUUUUUAUCCGUGUGUGUCAAAUGGAGAAAAAUAAAUUUUAAAAAAAGUUUUUUUUUUUUGAUUUAAUAUAAAAAAAGAAAAAAUAAAUUAUUAAAGUCAGGUUUUUUUUUAAGUUUUAAGAGGAGUCAAAUAAAAAUUUUAUUUACUGGUGCAAAAUAUAAGUGAAGAGUUUAAAAAAAAAAAGCAAGAAAAAUUUAUUAAAAAAAAAAAACUAAAAUUAACACAAAAAAAAAAGUUUUAAUUUUUUUUUCAUUAUUUUUAUUUUAACGUAAAAUUUUUUUGUAAAACGAAAUUUGGAUAAAUUUGGAAGAAAGUAUAAUUGAAUCCUGUAUGCAAUUGUGUUGAUAAAACAUUAAAUAAACAGAAAUACAUAAUUCGCCCACACAUUAUAAAAGACACGAAGAGCGCGGUCACUUAAAUCAAGAAAUAGUAUCAGACAAAAAAAACAACGACUACGACGAUAAAGAAUAGAUAAUUAAAAAAAAAAUAAACUUAAAUAAAUAAAAUAUCUUAUGUUUAAAUAAAACGGGGAAAAAAUCAAUAAAAAUCGGAGAGUAUUGAUUAAAUAUUAUACAAAAAAAAUUAAAAAAUAAUAACAAAAAGAAAAAAAAAUGACGACAGAUAUAUCUGUAGUACGUUGGGAUCCAAGUCAGGGUCCCGGCACCGAAUAUAUUGACGAAUACGAAUACGAUGGUGGUAAUUCAAGUUCACGUCUAUUCGAACGAUCACGUAUUAAAGCAUUAGCAGAAGAGCGUGAAUCAGUACAAAAGAAAACCUUUACAAAGUGGGUUAAUUCACAUUUAGUGAGAGUUAAUUGUCGUAUACAAGACUUAUAUGUUGAUAUGAGAGAUGGUAAAAAUUUAAUGAAAUUAUUGGAAGUAUUAUCUGGUGAACGUUUACCUAAACCAACAAAAGGUAAAAUGAGAAUACAUUGUCUUGAGAAUGUUGAUAAAGCGCUGCAAUUUCUGCGCGAGCAACGUGUUCAUUUAGAAAAUAUUGGUUCACAUGAUAUUGUUGAUGGUAAUCCAGCAUUAAAUUUAGGUCUUAUAUGGACAAUUAUAUUGAGAUUCCAGAUUCAAGACAUCACAAUUGAGGAAGUUGAUAAUAAAGAAACGAAAUCCGCCAAAGAUGCGCUAUUAUUAUGGUGUCAAAUGAAAACUGCCGGCUAUCCAAAUGUAAAUGUAAGAAAUUUCACAACAUCUUGGCGUGAUGGUUUAGCAUUUAAUGCAAUUAUACAUAAACAUCGUCCAGAUCUAAUAGCAUUUGAUCGUUUAUCAAAAGCAAAUCCAAUGCAUAAUUUAAAUAAUGCAUUUAAUGUAGCCGAAGACAAAUUGGGCCUAAUAAAACUUUUGGAUGCUGAAGACAUAUGUGUCGAUCAUCCUGAUGAAAAAUCAAUAAUCACAUAUGUUGUUACAUAUUAUCAUUACUUUAGUAAACUCAAACAAGAAACAGUACAAGGUAAGCGUAUUGGUAAAGUUGUUGGCAUUGCGAUGGAAAAUGAUCGUAUGGUAAAUGAAUACGAAACAUUCACAACUGAUUUAUUGAAUUGGAUCGAAAGUACAAUAACAGCGUUAGGUGAUCGACAAUUUGAAAAUUCAUUGGUAGGUGUACAAGGCCAAUUAUCACAAUUCGCAAAUUACCGUACAGUCGAAAAACCGCCGAAAUUCGUUGAGAAGGGUAAUCUGGAAGUUUUAUUGUUUACAUUACAAUCCAAAAUGAGAGCAAAUAAUCAAAAACCGUAUACACCAAAAGAAGGUAAAAUGAUAUCUGAUAUUAACAAGGCGUGGGAACGUUUGGAAAAAGCUGAACAUGAACGUGAAUUAGCAUUACGGGAGGAAUUGAUUAGACAAGAAAAACUCGAACAAUUGGCAGCUAGAUUUGAUCGCAAGGCAUCAAUGAGAGAAACGUGGUUAUCAGAAAAUCAACGCUUGGUUAGCCAAGACAAUUUUGGUUUCGAUUUGGCAGCAGUUGAAGCAGCAGCUAAAAAACAUGAAGCUAUUGAAACUGAUAUUUUUGCUUAUGAAGAACGUGUUCAAGCUGUUGUAGCUGUAUGCGAUGAAUUAGAAAGUGAAAGAUAUCAUGAUAUUAACAGAAUUACACAGCGUAAAGAAAACGUACUAAGAUUAUGGAAUUAUUUAUUGGAAUUAUUGAAAGCAAGACGGCAGCGUUUAGAAAUUUCGAUGCAAUUACAACAAAACUUCCAAGAGAUGCUUUAUAUUUUGGAUAAUAUGGAAGAAUUAAAACAACUAUUACUUACUGAUGACUAUGGUAAACAUUUAAUGGGUGUUGAAGAUUUAUUACAAAAACAUUCACUGGUUGAAGCUGACAUUAAUGUACUAGGUGAACGAGUAAAAUCUGUAGUCCAAAAUUCACAGAAAUUCUUAAGUGAUGACAUUGAUGCAUACAAACCAUGCGAUCCAGAAAUUAUCGUUAAUCGUGUUCAACAACUUGAAGAUGCUUAUGCUGAGCUUGUACGAUUAGCUGUAGAGAGACGUCAAAGAUUAGAAGAAAGCCGUAAAUUAUGGCAAUUCUAUUGGGAUACAGCUGAUGAAGAGAACUGGAUUAAAGAGAAGGAGCAGAUUGUAUCCACAGAUGAAAUUGGUCACGACUUAACAACAGUAAAUCUAUUAUUGAGCAAACAUAAAGCACUAGAAUCGGAGAUUCAGUCACAUGAUCCACAAUUACAAAAUGUUGCUAAAGUGGGUGCUGAAUUAAUUACCGAAGGCCACUUUGGUGCUGACCGUAUUAAAGAGCGUCUGAAAGAAAUUUUAGGAAAGUGGGACAAUUUAUUGGAUAUAACGAAACUACGUAGACAACGUCUUGAAAACGCAGUUGAUUUCUUCCAAUUGUUUGCCGAUGCCGAUGAUGUUGAUAAUUGGAUGUUGGACACUUUACGUUUAGUAUCUUCUGAAGAUGUUGGACGUGAUGAAGCUAAUGUACAAUCCCUCUUGAAGAAACAUAAAGAUGUUGCAGAUGAAUUGAAAAAUUAUUCGGAAGUUAUUGAUCAAUUACAUAAACAAGCUGAUAAAUUAACAUUGAAUGAACCAGAAAAACAAAAGGUAUCAGAACGUUUAACUGCCAUUAAUAGUCGGUAUAAGGAGCUCACAGAGUUAUCGAAAUUACGUAAACAACGUCUUCUAGAUGCUUUAAGCUUAUACAAACUUAUGUCAGAAGCCGAUGGUGUUGAACAAUGGAUAAAUGAAAAGACCAAAAUGUUAGACACUAUGUCACCAGGUAAAGAUAUUGAAGAUGUUGAAAUUAUGAAACAUCGUUAUGAUGGUUUCGAUAAGGAAAUGAAUGCAAAUGCUAGUCGAGUUGCUGUAGUAAAUCAGCUCGCACGUCAGCUAUUACAUGUUGAGCAUCCAAAUUCCGAGGAAAUUUUAGCAAGACAAAAUCAUUUAAAUCAAGAAUGGUCAGAUUUAAGAGAAAAAGCCGAAUCUAAACGCGAAGAUUUGAAACAAGCUCAUGGUGUACAAACAUUCUAUAUUGAAUGUAGAGAAACAAUAUCCUGGAUUGAGGAUAAAAAACGUAUUUUAACAGAAACUGACAGUUUAGAAAUGGAUUUGACUGGUGUUAUGACAUUACAACGUCGUCUUAGUGGUAUGGAACGUGAUUUAGCUGCAAUUCAAGCAAAACUUACAAGUUUAGAAAAGGAAGCUGAUGCCAUUGAAGGUGAACAUCCUGAAGAAGCUAAUAUAAUUCGCGAACGUGUCGCCUCAAUUCAAUUAAUAUGGGAGCAAUUAACACAAAUGCUUAAAGACCGUGAUUCUAAAUUGGAAGAAGCUGGUGAUUUACACCGUUUCUUACGCGAUUUGGAUCACUUCCAAACAUGGUUAACUAAAACUCAAACCGAUGUUGCUUCAGAAGAUACACCAACAUCCUUACCUGAAGCUGAAAAACUUCUUAAUCAACAUCAAUCUAUUCGCGAAGAAAUCGAUAAUUAUACAGAAGAUUACAAGAAUAUGAUGGAAUACGGUGAACGAUUAACAUCUGAACCUACUACGAACGAAGACCCGCAAUACAUGUUCUUAAGGGAACGAUUAAAAGCCCUGAAAGAUGGUUGGGAAGAAUUACAUCAAAUGUGGGAAAAUCGUCAAGUCUUAUUAUCUCAAAGUUUGGAUCAACAGUUAUUCAAUAGAGAUGCACGUCAAGCUGAAGUUUUAUUAAGUCAACAAGAACAUUUCUUAAGCAAAGAUGACACUCCAGUUAAUUUGGAACAAGCUGAAAAUCAAUUGAAACGUCAUGAAGCUUUCCUUACCACUAUGGAAGCAAACGAUGAUAAAAUCAAUACCAUUAUUCAAGUUGCUGAAAGUCUUAAACAGAAGGAACACUUUGAUGCUGACAAAAUACAUAAAAGAGCUGAGAAUAUUGUUAAUCGUCGUGACGAUAACCGCAAUCGCGCUAUAGAGCAACAUGAAAAAUUAAAGAAUCAAGUUAAAUUACAUGAAUUUUUACAAGAUUUAGAGGAAUUGACUGAAUGGGUUCAAGAAAAAUAUGUUACAUCACAAGAUGAAACUUAUCGUUCAGCUAAAACUAUUCAUUCUAAGUGGACACGUCAUCAGGGCUUCGAGGCAGAAAUCGCCGCUAAUAAGGAACGUCUGUUUGAAGCUGAAAAAGCAGCACAAGAGCUUGUAAAAGAAAAGCCAGAGUUCAAAGAAAUUAUUGAGCCUAAGUUGAAAGAACUUGGUAAACAAUUUGAUGACUUAGAAAAACAUACUAAAGAAAAAGGAGCUAUGUUGUUCGAUGCCAAUCGCGAAGUGCUAGUUCAACAAACGUGUGAUGAUAUUGAUUCAUACAUUACCGAUUUAGAAAAACAAAUUAUUAAUACAGAUACUGGUAAUGACCUGACAUCCGUUAAUAUUCUAAUACAGAAACAACAAGUUAUUGAAACUCAAAUGGCGUUGAAAGCACGUGCUGUUGAGGAAAUGGAUAAGCAGACGGAUUAUUUACAAAAAACUGUACCGGACGAAGUCGUUGAACCAAUUAUUCAAAAGAAAUCUGCUGUAGUUGAUCGUUUUGAGAAAAUCAAAGAACCAUUACGUGAAAGACAGAAACAACUUGAGAAGAAGAAGGAAGCUUUUCAAUUUUGCCGCGAUGUUGAAGAUGAAAAAUUAUGGAUUGAUGAAAAACUUCCAAUAGCUAAUUCGACAGAUCUUGGUAAUUCUCUAUUUAAUGUACAUGUAUUGAAAAAAAAGAAUCAAUCUUUGUCAACUGAAAUUGAUAAUCAUGAGCCAAGAAUAAUGACAAUAUGCACAAACGGUCGCAAAUUGAUUGAUGAAGGUCAUGAAGAUGCACAACGAUUUGAAGAUUUAAUUAAACAAUUAACACAAAAAUGGCAGGAACUAAAAGAUGCUAUUGAAAAUCGUAAAAAAGCACUUGAUCAAUCUGAACGUGUUCAACAAUACUUCUUUGACGCUCAAGAAGCUGAAUCUUGGAUGAGCGAACAAGAACUUUACAUGAUGGUUGAAGAUCGGGGUAAAGAUGAAAUUAGUGCACAAAAUUUAAUGCGCAAACAUGAGACAAUGGAGCAAUCUGUUGAAGAUUAUGCCGAUACAAUUAGACAAUUAGGUGAAACAGCAAGGCAAUUAACAAGUGAACAAAUACCACAAGGUGAUGCUGUAGCUGUAAAACAAUCCCAACUUGAUAAAUUAUAUGCAGGAUUAAAAGAUUUAGCUGGUGAGAGAAGAGCACGUUUAGAUGAAGCUUUACAACUAUUUAUGUUAAAUAGAGAAGUUGAUGAUCUAGAACAAUGGAUUGCUGAACGUGAAGUUGUUGCUGGAUCACAAGAACUAGGACAAGAUUAUGAUCAUGUGACGUUAUUAUGGGAAAGAUUUAAUGAAUUCGCAAGAGAUACAGCAGCUGUUGGUGAAGAGCGGGUUGCUAGAGCUAAUGGUAUAGCUGAUGAUUUAAUACGAGCCGGACAUUCAGAUUCUGCUAUAAUUGCCCAAUGGAAAGAUAAAUUAAACGAAAUGAUGGAAGAUUUAUUGGAGUUAAUUGAAACAAGAAAACAAAUGUUAGAAGCUUCAAGAGAAUUACACAAAUUCUUCCACGACUGCAAAGAUGUUUUGUCACGUAUUAUUGAAAAACAACAUGGUGUUUCAGAUGAAUUGGGCCGUGAUGCUGGUUCGGUUUCGGCAUUGCAACGCAAACAUAAUAAUUUUAUGCAAGAUUUAAUGACAUUAUUCUCACAAGUUCAACAGAUACAAGAAGAAUCAGCUAAAUUGCAAAAAUGUUACGCCGGUGACAAAGCUAAAGAAAUAACAAAUAGAGAGCAAGAAGUAUUAAAUGCGUGGGCUAAUUUACAAGGAAUGUGUGAAUUAAGAAAAGCCAAAUUAGCUGAUACAGGUGAUUUAUUCCGUUUCUUCAAUAUGGUCAGAACUUUAAUGUUAUGGAUGGAGGAUGUUGUUAGACAAAUGAAUACAACAGAAAAACCAAGAGAUGUUAGUGGUGUUGAAUUACUAAUGAAUAAUCAUCAAAGUUUGAAGGCCGAAAUUGAUACUAGAGAAGAUAAUUUUUCAGUCUGCCUUGCAUUGGGCAAAGAGUUAUUAGCAAGAAAUCAUUAUGCAUCAGCGGAUAUCAAAGACCGCUUACUACAAUUGACAAACAGUAGAAACGCAUUAUUACAUAGAUGGGAGGAAAGAUGGGAGAAUUUACAAUUAAUUUUGGAAGUAUAUCAAUUCGCUCGUGAUGCUGCCGUUGCGGAAGCAUGGUUAAUAGCCCAAGAACCAUAUCUUAUGUCAACAGAAUUAGGACAUACAAUUGAUGAAGUUGAAAAUUUAAUUAAGAAACAUGAAGCAUUCGAAAAAUCUGCUGCUGCGCAAGAAGAACGUUUUAGUGCUUUAGAGCGAUUGACCACGUUUGAGCUCAAAGAAUUGAAGAGAAGGCAAGAGGCUGCCGAAGAAGCUGAAAGACAGCGUUUACAAGCUGAAGCAGACGCAAGAGCUGCAGCCGAAGCUGAAGCUGAAGCUAAGCGACAGGCUGAAUUAGCUAGGGAUCAAGCUGAUGCUGCUGGUUCUCCAAAGAGAGAAGGCGAACGAACAACACCUGGUUCCGAGGAAGGUGUUGAAGGUACAUUAACAAGGAAACACGAAUGGGAAUCAACAACCAAGAGAUCAUCAAAUCGAUCAUGGGACAAAGUAUAUGUUGUAGCACGUGCUGGUCGUAUAACAUUCUUUAAGGAUCAAAAGGCAUCGAAAGCUGUACCAGAACAAACGUAUCGUGGUGAAUUACCAUUAGAUUUACAAGGUGCAAAUAUUGCUAUUGCUAGUGACUAUACAAAAAAGAAACAUGUCUUCAGAAUCAAAUUAGCAAAUGGUGGAGAAUUCCUUUUACAAGCACAUGAUGAUUCAGAAAUGAACCAGUGGGUGGGUGCCCUUAAAUCGCAAACAGAUAGUGCAACAAGUGGUGAAGGACGUUCAAUGACAUUACCAGCAUCAUCACAAAAGGAUGAACCAAAGAGACGAUCCUUCUUUACGCUGAAGAAAAAGUAAAUAAACUUUAAAAAUAUAUUAAUAUAUAGAUUGUUUUUCAUUUUUUAGUAUUUUAAGAUUAAAAAUUGAAAAAGAAAAAGAAACUUUUUUUUUAUUAAAUCUAAAUUUAAAAAUAAAGAAAAAACCAAACACAAUUUAUUAAAUUUUACUUUACGUAUUGAAAAUGAAAAAAAUGCAUUCAUUCUAAUUUAUUUAAAGUAACUAUAAUAAUUUAUUAAUAUCUAAUAUAAUAAAUAAAAUUUAAUUUGCAUAUAAUUGUAUUUAUAUAAUUAAUAUGUAGGUACAUUUACAUAAAAAAAUUUAAUUAUCAUUUUAGAUUGAAAAUAUUACAAUUUUUUCUUGAUUAUCUAUUUAGUGUUAAAUAUUUGAUUCAACAAAACAUUCAAAUAUUUUUAAAGGUAUUGUUAUAAACAAUUGUAUUGUAUAUUUUUUGUAUAAUAUAUUAUACAAUUGUAUUGUAUAAUAUAUUAUAAAUUGUAACUCGGUACAGUUUGAAAUCUAAUAUAAACUUUUAGUUUUUGAAAAAAUUUAGUGAGAAAAGAGAUAUCCAUAAUUUAGAUUCAUCAAAAGAUUAGUGAGUCUAAAUUAUGGAUAAAUAAAUAAUAACAAUUUAAGAUUAACAUUCAAUAAAUGGUUUUUGAAGUUUUAAUUGAUAGUUAAAGUUUGAUACACAUCGAAAAAUUUAAUUCAGAUUUUUACACCAAUAUUUUAUUAUUUUCAAUCUAAAAUAUUAAAUUAUAUAUACAUAAAUAUAUUUACUCUAUUUAUUGUCGACCUAAAAGUGAUUGAAUGUAUCUAGAUUUUGACAUUUUAACGCCAAAAUAAUUGUUGUAAAAAUGCACAUACGCUGUAUUACUCAGUUUUUUGAGUUUAUAUGAAAUAUUUUUAAAAAAGGCGCCAAAAAAACCGUAUCUGCUCUCAAACAAAAAUUUUUAAUGAAAUAACGUAUCUACACCGACUAAAAAGAUAAGUAGGGAUGAUGUAAAUUAAGUGUCACUUUAAAAAAGUUAUUAGGAGUUCGAUAACUUUUAAUAAAUUUUUAACUAAAAAAAAACAUUUAGAUAUUUAAGGUGAAGCCAUUUAAUAAAAGCUGGACCAAUCGCUUGUGAAUUAAAAAAGAAUUAACUUUGAUUUCGUCCAAAACUAUAACGAGAACUUGGUGUACCUAUCGAUUCGACUUGAACAGAAAGUGAUGGACUCUUCUGUAAACCAUAUUAAGGUAAUAAAAUACACACCUGGCUGUCAAAUAGAAAUUAAAUUUACUUUCCAUUAUGAAUUUACUUCGAUAGUAGAAAAAAAACAACAAUCGCAAUUAAUAAGCUGGUAGACUUUAAGUAAAUACAUGAAGCGUCAUUAAAAAGUUAACACAAUAAAUGGCUAUAUUCACACCCUUUAAAAACUAAUAUCAAAAAAUUAUAUGAUAAUAUUCCUCAUUUUGAAAAA